CAUACAACCACUUCUCUAUAACCACCCACAACACCCCACGAAGCAAUGCGCCUUCCGCCCAUCCAAUCCUCUUCAAGAUGUCUCGACCCGAAGAUCUCCUCCCGCCCGACCUCUUCUACAACGACACCGAGUCCCGCAAAUACACCACCUCAUCCCGCAUCAAAUCCAUCCAGGCGUCCAUGACCCACCGCGCCCUCGAACUGCUAGACCUCAAAGAACCCUCCUUCAUCCUCGACGCUGGCUGCGGCUCGGGCCUGUCAGGCGAAAUUCUCAGCAGCAUCCCCGAUGUCGAAGGCGGGCCGCACACCUGGGUCGGCAUGGACAUCAGCUCUUCCAUGUUGGCACAAGCUCUCCAACGGGAUGUAGAGGGUGACAUGAUGUUUGCGGAUAUGGGGCAAGGCGUGCCUUUUCGCCCGGGAACAUUCGACGCCGCCAUAUCCAUCUCUGCAAUCCAGUGGCUGUGUAAUGCAGACAGCUCCGACGUCUCGCCCGAAGGCCGUCUGAAGCGGUUCUUCGACUCGCUGUACGCAUCUCUGCGCCGCGGCGGGCGAGCAGUGUGUCAAUUCUACCCCAAGAAUCCGCAGCAGCGGGCCAUGAUUUCCAACGCGGCCAUCAAAGCCGGUUUCGGCGCGGGAAUACUGGAAGACGAUCCGGAGACGAAGAACGUGAAGCUGUACUUGGUGCUUACCGUCGGUGGAGGCGAUAUCACUGGCACAGUGGGCGGGAUGCAAGAUGUCGAUGUGCAGGAUGCUCGGAGACGGGGGGAGAAGCAGAAGCGCGGGUGGGAGUUUGAUGCGCACAAUCGGAAGGGCAGUAAGGCGUGGAUUCAGCGGAAGAAGGGGCAGAUGGAGGGGAAGGGGAAGGUGGUCAAGGCGAAUUCCAAGUACACCGGGAGGAAGAGGCGUAUAGUUUUUUAGGGGCAGACUGUGGGUUAGCAUGGCGCUUGGGUGGUGAUGAUUUUAGACGCAUCGAAGAUACCCAACUGUUGACAGAUCGAAAGUAUAGUCAAGAUGCGAAUUAACGAAGA